CAAUUACUUCCCCUUAUGGGGAAUACAGUUCAGAUCCAGCUUUCGAAUGGGAAAAUAUUUGAAGGAAUUUUUAGCAGCACAUUUUCUCCUCAGUUAGAAGUUGUUUUAGAACUGGUUCAUACAGUUGACCCCAGCCAACCUGAUAAGAUUGAUGUUAAAUCAGUUUCUAGGGAGGUUGUCUUUGGUUCCCAAAUGAUUGUGAUGAUGAGCUCCAAAGAUGUGGAAUUGGACUAUGCCACUAAAGAUUUUGCCACCGAUACUUCCAUAAGCCGUUUUAACGGGCUCAGUGGAGAAAAAGAGCUUGAACCCUGGGAGGGAGAUGGUGAUGACUGUAACAUUUCCUUGGAUAAUGCGAAUGGAUGGGAUCCUAAUGAAAUGUUUGCGAGAAACGAAAAAGUGUACGGAGUUCAGACGAGUUUCGUUGAAGACUUGUCACAGUAUACAUGUAAACUUGAAAGGAGGGACUCGGCUGAAUUCAAGGAAAGAGAAGCUCAAGCGUCUCUCCUAGCUAACAGUAUCGAAGGGAACGCCGUCUCUAAAGCGCAGGCAGACCUAGAAAAUGCCAGUGACGAAGAAGAAAAAUUCUCAGCCGUAGUGAGACCAAACCACGAGCCACGUGAACGCCGUGAGCCACGUGACUUCCGAGACUUCAGUAAUCGUUCGUCUGACCGAGGAGGGACCGCAGCGAGUGGCAGCGGAGGAAGCACGGCGUCCACCAAUGCCGGCGGGGGUAGUGCCCAUAACUCGAAAUACGUUCAUCCGAAUAAGCGGCCUAUUAAAAGUGGUAUUCAAAACAUGGGCAAGAUGGUGCGCUCAACUCCCCCUCCGCACGGUGCUCAUGGAGGACAUGCCCACUCCAACCUAGCUCCGAGACAUCAGUCGGUAGGAGGUGGAGGAGGCGGAGGAAGUGGAUCUGGAUCUGGAUCCUACCACGGAGGCAAUAACUACGACGGUGAUGGUCGCACUUCGCAGUCGCACCCAAACAACUCUGGGUCAGUACAUCAUGCAGGUGGAAGUUACCAUCAGGGUGGGCCACAGCAUCAGCCAUUCCAAGGAUCUUCCCAGGGACGGGGUUCGUCUUCUGGUCCCUAUUAUGGUCGCUCCCAAGGACCGCCUGGUGGAUAUAAUAACAAUAAAAAUUCUGCUCAACAAUCCGACUCUCGUGUGGCGAACGGCGAUGAGCGAAAAGUCAUCCGCGACUCGGCUUACGAUUCGAAAAGCGGUCAUGCUCCAUCCCAUUCCCACGUCCCAGUUUCGUCUUUGCCCCAACGGGAUCAUGGUCCGAAGGAGCAACGGAAGACUUACGCGGGCAAGACCAGAGACGAUCAAAACUCCGAUCUGAAGAAGUUCGGUCAAGAUUUUCGCCUUGCUUUGUCAGGGCCAGCCGAAAGUACCCCUGUGGAAGAGAAUAAAGCAGCUCCUUCUCCUACGACAGGCAACCCGGCUCCAACACCUAACAAAACAAGUACUCCGCCUCCACCGGCUCCAGUUGCACCCGUUAUUUCCCCAGCCUCUGGCGCCACAUCUGCCUUGACUCCUGCCGCCCCAACGGCACCCGUGGCUACGCCUUCUGCUCAGACUGUUCCGGCACAGCCAUCUCGUUCACCGGUGGUCAGUCCCGUGCAGGUCAAUUCGACGCCCACUGUGGUCACGCCUCCUGGCGCUAGUGUUGGUACCCCUCGCGAAGCAACACCAGUGGAAGAUAAAGUAGGCGAAUCCGUAGAAAAGAUGUCGUCAGACACGUUGAAGAAAUCUAGCUUGAAUCCAAAUGCGAAAGAAUUUGUACUAAAUCCAAACGCCCGGGUCUUUGUACCAGUAAGUUUGUUAAUUCAUUUACAAAUCCUGCGACGUUUUAAAACUUUUUUUGUAAUGCUUUCGCAUAGACCC